CCUCAUGUGGCUCUUUACAGCCAACCUGACUACAUUUCCCACAACCCCUUUCACCCACGAGUGUAGCGCGUCAUAUAAUUAAACAUGGCGUCGGUAUGUGUGCGUGAAGUCCGCUGUUUGUCACUCCUUGUUGAAUGAAAGCGCAUUUCUCGCCGCGGAGGACAUAUCGCGGAGCUGCUCCGUUAUCGUCAAAAUGUUUCGUCGAUCGAGGUUUAGUAUUCGGCCUAAUGUCGGUACGGCAGGGAGAACAGCAGCAACACCUCAGGAAGCACCUUCAUCAAACCAGGAGUCCAGUGAGACCCCCAAAGACAUCAGUGAGAGCAUUGCUGUGACAGAUGUCAAAUCUGACGGGACCCCAUCUGAAAAAACAACAGCCCCUGUGGAUGGCAAUGACCAAAAUGCGGAAGGGGCCAUCUCCUCGGCUGCAGUCCAGAGAAGGAAGCGGUUUUCUGUCAAGCCUAAAGUGGCUCCUGGCCGCCCCUCCGCCCUCGCUCGGACAUCGAGGUCCCUCGCCAAGGCAGAUACUGAAACUCCUGUUGAAACCCCCGCCUCAGACCUUGAAAAGCCAUCAGCAUCCAUCCAAACUGGGACAACGUCUGCCCCUCAAGGACUCCAGUCCCCGAGGCGAAGAAGGCGUUCGGAGGAAAGCAAGCAGCCCAAAGCGCAGCCUAAACCAGCCCCUGACUCCUCUGAGCCUUCAGCUGUCCUUCUCCCUGAGGAUUCACUAGAACAAACACAUCUGCCCGUUGACAGUGGCCUACAAUUGAAAAGCAAGUCAGGCAGCCAAGUUGAAGAGGUUCCUCCCAGACCACCUGAUAAAGUGCUCUUCUCUAUACCAGACAGAGAAGCAGUUGAGUUAUCCGAGAGGGCCAAGUCUCUCGUGUCAUCUAAGAGUGGACAUUCAUUGUCCCAAUCGGCGCUCUCUUUGAGUAGGCUCCUGAAUGACCCAUCCGAUCUACAGAGGCUCGCCAAGGCCCAAAAACUUAGAGAGCUACUCAGACAGGAGAAGCACAAAGAAAAGAAACUCAAGAAAAUUAAGCCGCAUGUAAAGGAAUAUACUCUAGAUCCCACCAAAAUGACCAUGAGGGACCUGAUCCAUUAUCUUCCGCUGUCCAACCCCAUGACAUCGACUGUGGAAGACAUUACUCAGGAAAAUGAGACUGUGCUCCCACCCUCACCAGCAAGAGAACCGUCCCCAGAAAAAGUGCCGGAACCCGAAGCUCCCCCUGAACUGCCGAGCACUGUGGAGGAUGAAGAGGAGAUGGCAGAGGAAGAGGAUGACUCACUCAUGGUUCCUCAGGUCAAAGUAGCAGAGGACGGCUCUCUCAUCAUUGAUGAAGAGAGCUUGACGGUGGAAGUCCAGCGAGCAAAAGGACCAAACCCAGCACAGGAUCGAGAUCCCAUCUUUGAGCGUGGCUCAACGACAACGUACUCGAGCUUCAGGAGAAGCAGCUAUUCAAAACCCUGGUCCAGUGAAGAGACAGAAAUGUUCUACCUGUCAGUCAGUAUGGUGGGGACAGACUUCUCCAUGAUUUGCCAACUGUUUCCUCACAGAGCUCGAUCAGAGAUAAAGAACAAAUUCAAAAAAGAGGAGCGAGAGAAUUCCUGGAGGAUUGACAAGGCGUUUAGAGAGAGACGCAAGCUGGAUAUCGAGUAUUUUUCUAAGCUCCUCGAGAAAAUUUUGGAGGUUCAGCAAAACAGGAAGAAACUCAAGACACUUGUUAAGAAGAACUCCCCGAAGAAUUCAAAGAGAAAGGCAAAGGGCAAAAAAGCUGAAAGCACCCUGAGUGAUUUGGAGGAAGAAAAUGAGGACGAUGCCAAUGAAGUUCCCAACCUGGAGGAUGAGGAUGAGGAGGAGGAGGAGGAGGAGGAGGGAGAGAAGGAGAAGGAGAAUCUCUGUAAUGAAGGAGGAACCCCUGUUUCCAAGCCUAAGAAACAACGCAAAAGAAAGGCUAAACAGGCAGCUGUGAAUGAGGAAGCAAAUGAUAAGAAAAAGAAAACUGGUGAAAAGAGCAAUGAACAAGGUGAGGCCUGCAUACCUGAAGACCCUGAAGCCACUCUUGCCGAAGACCAAACAACUCCAGCCAUGUCUGAAAAGACUGAGAAUGUGAAUGCUUCCAAGGACACAGCGAUCAAGCCAGCUAAACUUUCCAGAGGCAGAGCGCCAAAACCGCUACUGCCUUUGGGACGAAAGUGGAGUAAAAAGCUUCCACCAGACUCAACAAAGGCCAAAGAUACUGCCUCAGAUAAAGAAGACGAGAGUGUGACUGAUGAAGCCUCGGAGGAGCAGGUAAAUCAAGAUUCAUCAGCUUUAAGAGAGGAUGAUAAGAGGAAGUCAGACGAUGUUGACAUUUCCUCUGAAGAAGAGGAUGUCACUGCUCCCCCUCCGAAACCUACCAGGUAUGGAAGAGUGCCCAAGCCCACCAACCUUCUGAAUUACCCUGCCAAAGAAGAACCCACCUCUGCGUCCAAUUCCUCCCCUGCCUCACCAGUGAUGUCUGCUGCUUCUGCUGCCAAGCCUAAACCCAAAUGCACAGCCAAGAGGGGACGGUCCUCAAAGCAACAAUCAGCCCAACAGUCUAAAAAGCCCAAACUAGUCACGCUCAGGACCUCUCGGUCAGAUUUCAGCGAUGAUGAUGAAGAGCAGCAGGAUCAGGAAGAGGUAGAGGAGGAGGAGUACCCUCUGUGUAGCCCCGGUGAGGACAGCACUGCCCCUGUGUUUGUGCCGGCCAGCCUGCGCUCCCCGCAUCCAGUGAUUUCAGAGGUGGAAGAGACUAUGGAGGAGCUUGAUAUUUUGGCCAAUAUGCCUGAUGUGUUGGGCCUCUCCCAAGAUGUACUGUGCCCUGAUUCCUCAUUCGAGCUGGCACACACUGACACAGGAUCAGCUGAACCAUGUGAACAUCAGUUGGACCUGCUGGUUGACGUUAUAGAUUUCCUCUCUUCAGAACACCCAGAAGUAACUGAAGACGAGAGCUACAAUGAAGCUGCUCAAACUCUGUUGACCAUUGGCAACCUGACUCAACUCUCAGAACAGAGUCAAAUCGUCACAGAAGACCACACAACAGGGACAACAUCAGUAAGUGCAGAAGAAAUGGAGCAACACCAGGGAGAUGCUGACCAAGAGGAAAACUGUGAAAUUCAUAUCAUGUUUGAUCAUGGAGACACAGAAAUAUCAGAAAUGAUUGCUACUGUGGAGCCACAACAAGGCACAACAGACAGUGGUGACGCUCCAAUGGUUGAAGCCAGUGAGCAGUCGUGUGGUGGGCAGAAGACUGUGUCUUAUACAGAUUUUGGCCCUCAGCUACAGUCAAGUCCAGAGAGUGCAAAGAAACAGUCUCCACAGACCAGGAAAGGACGCUUGUCCAAGGUUAAACCCAAGCCUAACCUAGGCCGAGGCUCCAGGACUGAACAGCCCAAACCCCGACCAGAUACAUCAACAGAACAGACAGCGGGAGGGACCAACAUAGAAGCUUCCAACAUUCAAGUCACUGAAUCACUGUCAGCUCCUGAAGAAACAACCCCGAAGAUACUAGAAAAUACUCCAACAUCAUCAAUAGAUGAUGAUUCCUCUACUAAAGUUAAACACACAGAAGAGAUGCGUGUCACUCAGGACAGGUCAGGUGCAGCAGCAUUAGACCAAAGUGCCUCAGAACACCAGAGUCACUGCUUUUCUGAUGCCCAGUUGGAAACCAGAGACACAAUAUCAGAUCAAAAGCUGAAGUCUCAUGCUGAAAUAAUUCAGAGUUUCUCUAGUAAUUUAGCAACAUCUGAAACAUCAGAUUCUGUUCCAGUUCACGAAGGGAGUCAACAUCCUGCUGCUUUCGUCACACCUGUAGACGAUGUACCUGUCGGUCAGAAAGAAAAGAGUGAAGCUGCAUCUACUAGCCAGAUCAAGAGAGGGCGAUCUCAAAAAGUCAAACCCAAACCAAUCCUUGCACAGACAUCAAGAACUGCUCGAUCUAAACCCCAAACUACAAAAGCCACAGUACAGAAAGACGCCAGCCCAGCUCCAGACCCCCAAAUCCAUGAAAAUACAAGAGAAGUUGAACCAGAAGCAACCAGCAGCACCUGUCCUGAAAACCCAAGUCAGAGCACUGGUCCUGCUGCAGCUUUGAUACCAUCAUUUGAUUUAGGCUCUACCCAUACACCCGCAAUAGAACUGUCUACAGCUGAGGAGAAAAGGACAGUAGGUGGAUUGGAUCAGAGUGUCUCACAAAACCAGAUCCUCUCUGAACCUUGUAACAGAAACACAGGGUCAACAUCUGGAUCCACAGAUGAAAAAAUGGCAACAUGUGAUGAUGCAACUGAAAGUAGGGACAACCCAGCUACAUCUGUCACAGUAAAACAAGUUGGGCAAGACUGUGCACCAGUCAAAGAAAGCAGUGACCAUCCUGCUUCAUCUGUUACACCUGUAGACGCUGUAGCUGUCAGUCAGAAAGAAAAGAGUGAAGCUGCAUCUUCUGGCCAGAUCAAGAGAGGGCGAUCUCAAAAAGUGAAACCCAAACCAAUCCUAGCAGAGACAUCAAGAACUGCUCGGAUCCUCUCGGAACCCAGUAACAGAGAAACAGCGCCAACAUCUGGAUCCACAAAUGAAAAAAUGGCAACAUGUGAUGGAACAGCUGAGAGUAGUGAUAACCUGGUAACAUCUGACUCAGCUUUCACAAAAUCACAAGUUGGGCAGGACUCAGCUCCAAAGAUCAGUGACCAUCCUGCCUCAUCAGUUACACCUGUAGACGAUGUACCUGUCAGUCAGAAAGAAGAGAGUGAAGCUGCAUCGACUAGCCAAAUCAAGAGAGGGCGAUCUCAAAAGGUAAAACCCAAACCAAUCCUAGCACAGACAACAAGAACUGCUCGAUCUAAACCUCAAACCACAGAAGACUCAGAAAAAUACUUCAGCCCGACUCCAGUCCCCAAAGUCAAUGAAAAAACUAAAGAAGAAUCAGAAGCAAUCUGUGGCACCUCUGAUGAAAAACCCAGUCACAGCACUGGUCCUGCAUCAGUCUUGGUACCACUGUUUGAUUUAGGUUCUGCUCUUACAGCCACACAGGAGCUGUCUACAACUGAGGAGAGAAGGACAGCUGAUUCUCUUGUUGGUCAAGUGUACUUGCAAAACCAGAGCAUUUCUGAAACCAGUUACAUAAACACAGGGUCAACCUCUGGAUCCACAGAUGACACAAUGGCUACUGGUGAUGCAGCUUCAGUCCAAGAGAGCACUGACCACCCUGCUUCAUUUGUUAUAACUGAAGAUUUACCAGUCAGUCAGAAAGAAGAGGGGCAAGUGGCAUCAACCAGCCAGAUCAGGAGAGGGAGAGCUCAAAAAAUCAAACCUAAACCAAACCUAGCAGCGACAUCAAGAACCGCUCGGUCCAAACUUCAAACCACAAAAGACCCUGUCAUGCAGGUGCAGCUUGUGGAGACACCCUCCAGCCCAACUGUAAAGCCUCAAUCCACUAAGAAGACAACAGCAGAGAUGGAAGCUCCGCGAAUUUGCAGCAUCUCGCUUCCAAUUCAAAGUACUGACACUGCUACGGUUUCUGUACCAUCACUGGAAUUAUGCUCUACUCAUAAACCCUCAGAGGAAUCAUAUGCAACUAUGGAACAACAGACAGAAGUUGGACUCAACUCAAUCUUAAAAAGUUCAGAACCAAAUGUACCCCAUAGAAGACAACAGUUUUCCAAAGUCAAACCGAACUUAGGAUCAUCCACCAAAACCACACGGAUAAAAGUGCAGCCAAAGACAAUCAUUGAACCCUCAGUUAUGGACACCUCUUCAAAUGUAGCAUCAGAACCAUCACCUGUGGACAAUUCCCAAACAGAAGUGAAACUGAUAGAGGAGGACUUAAAGGUCUGGACCUCCUCGCAGGGUCCGUUAAAUACAGACCUCAGUUUGAACAAAUCUGUGCCUGCAGAGUCGGAAAAGCCAGAGGCUACAUCUUCUGAUGGUAUUGUCAUGGCAACAUCAUGCGUUGCUGAUAAUCAGCCCUUGUUGCCAGACACAAUCACUGAAGGUGAAAUCAGGGAAGUGUCCACGUUUGAGAGGAAAUCCACGGGUGGCAAAAUGUCAAAUAAUGACAGCGUGGAGGCUGGACCUGCUUCACAAGUCCCGGAUCCAAUUACGGCCUCAGAGUCUCAGUCUCCAGAAGGUGGCUCCACAGAGUCUAAAAUAUCGUCGGUUUUGGCAACGAAUGUCUUCUCCAUAACAACCGUCCAUCCAACUGAGAGCUAUCCUCAGUCAUGUCCAGAAAGUGACUCUGAAGUAAAAAGUCAAGAUGCAGCCCAGCAAUGUUCAGAAACAAGAGAAACUCAUCAAACGUCAAAAGACAAAACUCAAACUGCCUCAAGAACUGAGUUAGAACUCACAGACUCUUCCAAGUCUACAAAAAAAGGCCCUCAAAGUCGAAGAGGAAGGCUUAUUAUUCCCAAACCCAACCUGGGACGCAGCAGUCGGCCUCAACAACCCCAACAAGUCCGGUCCCCAGCACAAGCACAAGCAGAUACCGGUGCCCAAUCAGAAAGUUUGGACGCUUCAGUUUCCCUUAACCCUGUGUCUGAACUCCCACCCGACAUUCCAGAUCCAAUAGGGGGAGCUGUUGAAUCACAUAGUCACCAAGAGUCCUGCCCAAAUGAUGCUCAGUCCUUGCUGGUUACGUCCGAGCCGAUGCCUCCAGGUUCAGAUAUACCGUUUUUCAUCCUUUCACUGAGUGAAAUCCCAGUCUGCUCCUCGGGGGAGCUGAUGGACAGUGCAGCAGGGCACCUACCUUAUCUUCAAGAUGGAGAUGCACCAAUACAGCAGCUGAGUGUUCCUGGAGAGAGUCUGGCACCAGCGGAUGACACAUCUCUCUCUAAUGUCCCUGUGUCAAUGCGGCUGGAGGGUAGUAGUGAAAUGGGCUUCCUCGGUGUAAAAGAUGAUGAGCAAGACUCGGCUGUCUCGGUCAUGGAGAAUCCAGAGGAUCCACAGGAGACAGUCCAGCCCCCCACAUUACCAGAAAUUGUAGAGAAUAAUGCCAAGACUGAAACCCACCUUGCCAAGAAGAGGAUAUCAGGAGCUGGAAGACGAGCCAAAGUGCAGGUGAAGCCCAAUACUACAAAGAAGACUCAAGCCAGUAAGACGGUUGCUGCGAACACCAACCAGGAGUCAGGCCUUCCCGGGCCUUCCACGCAGACAGAAGCCUCGGAUGCAAAAACAACCGCAGGAAAGGUCGGUGUCGCUGAGCCUCAGGAGAGAAGUGGUGAGCAUGGGGACAUAGGAAAGGAGACUCUGUCGGUUGGGGAGAGUCCAGAGGAUGGAAGUCCAAGAGCACAAACUAAGACAAAGACCAGAAGAAUGAUCACUCGGGCAAGAAAACCAGAUGAUUUCCCUUCUUUCCUCUCGGACGCCAACACCAGCGAUCCUCCUUGUGGCAAAGCAGCUUCCAAGGGCCCUAAGGUCCAAACUCCACGCACAGGAAAACACUCCACCUCGACACCUGCAGCUUCAACCUUCACUGUCGCUCCCUCACCUGGUCAGACAGAGCAGCCACAGAAACUCAGCCGUUCAACCUCUUCUACCACAUCACCAGCACUGACCAAUCCCAGCACGUCUCAGUGCACAGCUGAGGUUUCAGCUCCACAGCAAGGUGACUGUGUGGAGAGCAGCGCAACAGAGGUGGAGCCCACCAGUGUGUCUCAGUACUUCUUAAGUGAUAUUUUUACUGAAGUGGAGUAG